GGGGCGGUGUCAAACGUGACAGAUAGUAGCUGUAAAAAGCUAAAGGUUUUAGUUUGAUUUGGGAACGUUAAGAUCAGCGUUGGAUAAAAGCAGGCCGCCAAACAGAGUGGUGACUGCUGACACCGAGACACUGAACGCUAACCUUACAGGCUGUGUGCUUGUUCAUUUGCUAACGUUAGAGUUCAGUGUGUUAGCUAUUGACACCGAAAAACCCCACGGCCACUGUUUUCCCCUCUCAGACUGAAGUAACUCAGAGACACUGAUACUGAGUUCACUUAAGCUAGCUGUUUAGCUUUUAUAUUCCUCCCUCGUGAAAUGGACAGCACUGAUUUUGCGCCUGCCUCACAGUUACGUUGAUAAACUUGGAGGUGAACGCAUUUAAAAGUUCAGCAUUUUAUUAAAAUGACACUUAGCUAUUAUGUCACUGGUGCCGAAUGGAUGUUUGCCACCUGCUAACAUCGGCUACACUAUAACAGGAUGGAAACGGCAAAGUUAGCCGAGUCAUUCGAGUGGGAACCCGCAAGAGCCAGCUGGCUCGCAUCCAGACGGACAGCGUGGCCGAAACGUUGAAAGAGCUGUACCCUGACAUCCACUUAGAAAUCGUUGCCAUGUCAACAACAGGAGACAAAAUCCUCGAUACUGCUUUGUCAAAGAUUGGUGAGAAGAGCUUGUUCACCAAAGAGCUGGAGAAUGCACUGGAGAGGAAUGAGGUCGACCUGGUUGUUCACUCCCUCAAAGACCUUCCCACCACUCUGCCUCCGGGGUUCACCAUCGGAGCUGUGCUGAAGAGAGAAAACCCCCACGAUGCAGUGGUCCUACAUCCGAGCAAUGCAGGGAAGACUCUGGACACGCUGCCAGAGAACAGUGUGAUUGGCACCAGCUCGCUGCGCCGAGCUGCUCAGCUGAAGAAGAGAUUCCCCCACCUGGACUUCAAAGACAUCCGUGGGAACCUGAAUACACGGCUGAAGAAGCUGGAUGAGAAGAAUGACUUUGCCGCCAUUAUCCUGGCCGCUGCCGGCCUCAGGAGGAUGGGCUGGGAAAGCCGCAUCAGCCAGAUCCUGGAGCCUGAAGACUGUAUGUAUGCUGUGGGACAGGGGGCCCUGGCAGUGGAGGUUCGGGCCAGAGAUGCAGACAUCCUAGAGAUGGUGUCCAUCCUUCAUGACCCUGACACUGUGCUGCGCUGCAUAGCUGAAAGAGCCUUCCUCAGACGCCUGGAGGGUGGCUGUAGUGUCCCAGUGGCUGUGCACACCCAAGUAAAGGACUCCCAGCUGUACCUGACGGGGGCGGUAUACAGUCUGGAUGGCUCAAACAGCCUGAAGGAAACCAUGCAGGUCAGCAUCGCUGUGGGGACCCAGAGCUCAGAAAAGGUGGACGAGCAGGUCCAGCGAGUGGGAGUCACGGCCAACAAGAUCCCAGGUAGCAUCCAGGACGAGGCCGAGAAGCUCGGCGUCGACCUGGCCGACUUACUGCUCAGCAAAGGAGCCAAGGAGAUCCUGACGGUGGCCCGGCAACUCAAUGACGCCAGAUAGGUCUUCCUGGCUGACGGCGGGGCUCCAGAGCAUGCAGGCAGUCGCAACCUGAGCUCCAUCUAAUGUUGAUCUGCUGACUGUUUGCUGCAUGAGGUCAGGACUUGUGGUCAGGGUUGUAGAAAGCUGCUAAACUGGCUGCUAUUAUCCGCUCACUGAGAGUCCCCGCUGUCUUGGUUCCUGUGCGUUCUCACGCAGAGAACCUCAUGGAACCUGAGCCACGUUCAGUAAGAAACACGCCGUGGCCUUCAGACAUUGUUGUCAACACUUAACAGCACCAGUGCUGGCUGAUAUCAGUCUGUCAGUACUGCCGCUAAAAUUCUGCCUUUGUCUAAUCAUUUGUUCCCAAAGCUCAGACCGCUUCAUCCACAUCUGCUGUCGUAACUCGCACAGCAUCUUCUCGUUUCGAUGGCGCCAAAGACAAGCGCUGUUCAUUAAGGCGGACUGUCUGCAAAAUUUCAGUUCACGCUUGUGUUCACUUUGGCACACCCAUCACUAAAGAAGAGGUGACAUCCAGCUGUGGAGGUCUGCUUCAUUCUGAGAGCGUGCUUGCUUCCUCAUUAGCAGAGAGAGCGUAUUUGAUCCACACACUGGGCUUCAGGGAGUGCGUUCUUUGAUGCCACCUUUAACACUGGUAGUAAUGCACAUGUGGAGUGUGUGUGGGUUUUAAUAUGACUGCAGCUCCAGUCCCUGCACGUUCUCACUGUCCUGCUCUGAUUCUUAAAGCAUGCACUGUUGUCUUGUGUAGUGCUUUGCUGGCCACAGGGAUGCACUGAUAUCCAUACUGUACUUACUGAUGUGUGUCAGAGACUGACAUUUAUGUUUUCUCACAUCGGCCGACGUUCAGUGAUGGUGUGAUGCAGAGCUGUAAGUUCAAGGAGAAUAAAAAACCGACACAGAGCACAAAGGAAGCUUCCUGUAUGAGCUCUGACAGAUCAGUGCAUCCCUGCUGGAAGCCGAUGAUGAGGAUGAGCUGUGAGCUUCAUUCUUGUAAGCGAUGCUUGAAGAGGCUGACUCCCCAAAGCUGGACACGCAUCAUCAAACAAGAAAACACAUGUGAUUAGAAAAGUUCCCAGUUUUUGUGAUGAUGAAGACUCUGUCAUGCUGUGGUGACGACCUUCGUCCUGUUACGUUGCUCUGACUUAUAUUUCUGGAUUUAGAUCAUUAUGUAAUAUUGACAGUAGAUUGAUUAUUAGAGCACCUCUGUUAUAUUUAUGGAGUCUGUAUGUCACGAUUACUUUAAGUAUCUGAAAUCACACUGAUGAACUGGUUUGAAGGUUUAAGUAGUGAUCAGGACUCAUCAGCUCACAGACGUCAGGUUAGCGGCACAUAGAAGGUUUAUGCUGCAACAUGCUGUACCACCCCCCCCCCCCAUAUAUCACAAUGUGUUUUUCCAAUGUGUUAAUGAUUUUUACAGUGAUUGUCUAAGUAUUAUCUCAUUUUGCCUACAAACUGCACACCUGCCUUACAUGCAGCAGUCUUCACUCUGCAUCAUAUAUCCAGUGUUCAUGUGAUUCAAUGUUCUUUUUCUAGGUUUUUGUUGCAUAUUAUAUCUAAUUUAAACCUCCUGAGACAAUGAGAGGUCAUGUUAGCCAUAUUUGUUUUCAGCUUUAAUUUCUUUAUGAGUUAACAUAGAAUACUGUUGUACUCAGUAAUGUUCCCACAGCGCCGACUGUUCAAAACAAAAGGUCAUCAUCAAGAAGCAAUAAAGUUACU